UUGCAGCUGAGAUAUCCUCUAUAAAUCCUUCAACUAUAUCAAUAAACUCGUUAUUUCAAGCAUCAUACAAAUCCAUCCAUGGAAAUCCCACUCUACCACUAUAUUUUGCUCUUUCUUUUCUUGUAUUUCCUUACCAAAUAUUUGGUCCAAAAAGGCACAAGGCUUCCACCAAGCCCUGCACUUUCCCUGCCCAUUAUCGGCCACCUCUAUCUCUUUAAGAAGCCCCUCCACCGAACCUUGGCUAAGCUUGCCAACCAGUACGGUCCAGUACUAUUCAUGAGCUUGGGCUCCCGCCCUGCUAUCAUUGUUUCUUCCCCAACUCUCGCCGAGGAAUGCUUCACCAAAAAUGACAUCGUUUUUGCAAACCGCCCCCGCCUCCUCGCCGGAAAACACCUUGGUUACAAUUACUCUACUCUUAUUUGGGCCCCAUAUGGCAACCACUGGCGCAACUUAAGGCGCAUAGCUUCUCUCGAACUUUUGUCGUCUAAUCGCCUUCAGAUGUUCCACAGCAUACGAGUUGACGAGGUUAAAUCGUUGAUUCAUAGACUUUGCCAACGCUCAGAAGAAGGGGGUGAUCAGUUUCAGGCUGUGGACAUGAAGUCAACUUUUUUUGAGCUGACACUCAAUGUAAUGAUGAGGAUGAUCGCAGGAAAGCGGUAUUAUGGGGAGAACGUGGCAGAAUUGGAGGGAGCAAGCAAGUUUAAGAAAAUUGUGAUGGAGAGCUUUGAGCUGAGUGGGGCUACAAAUAUAGGAGAUUUUCUGCCGGUUUUUAAGUGGGUUGGAUCAAGAGGGCUUGAGAAAAGGUUGGUGGUGUUGCAGGGGAAGAGGGAUAAAUUAAUGCAGGAUUUGAUUGAAGAACAUCAAAGGAGGAGGGAGGGUGAUCCUGUUUUUGAAGAGAGAGGGAAGACCAUGAUUGACGUCCUAUUGUCACUCCAAGAAGCUGAACCUGAUUAUUAUACGGAUGAAAUCAUCAGAGGCAUGAUGCUCGUCUUGUUAUCAGUAGGGACUGACACUUCAGCUGGAAUGAUGGAGUGGGCAUUGUCACUUUUGUUGAAUAACCCAGAGACCCUUGUGAAAGCCCAAGCUGAAAUUGACAAUCUUGUUGGACAAAGCAGGCUAAUUGAAGAAUCAGAUAUUGCAAAGCUUCCCUAUCUUAAUGGCAUCAUAAAUGAAACACUUCGGAUGUACCCGGCUGGCGCGCUACUGCCACCCCACAAGUCUUCAGAGGAGUGUAUUGUUGGAGGGUACCAUGUUCCACUCGGCACACUUUUAUUGGUUAAUGCGUGGGCCAUACAUAACGAUCCUAACAUAUGGGAAGAACCUAGAAAAUUUAACCCAGAGAGAUUCCAAGGUCUUGAAGGAGAAAGAAAAUAUGGGAUCAUGUUGUUGCCGUUUGGAGUAGGGAGAAGAGGUUGUCCUGGGGAGGGCUUUGCUAUGCGGAUAGUUGGGCUGGCGUUAGGAACAUUGAUUCAGUGCUUUGAGUGGAGAAGAAUUGGGAAGGAGAUGGUGGACAUGAGUGAAGGGGGAGGGCUCAGCAUGCCUAAAGCUCAGCCCUUAUUUGCCAUGUGUAGGCCACGUUCCACCAUGGUAAAUUUUGUUUCUCAACUCUGACAACGCUUGGGAUUGUUGGUUGUCGUCUCCAGACUUCGUAUUCUUCGUUUAACUAUGAUCAUUACAUAUUUCCUAUUUUCUAGAUUUUUCUUUUAGAACUUAUAUAUUUGGGAAAAAUAUAAAAAAGCCCCCAAAACUACUAGCCGUUUUCGAUUUAGCCUCCUAAUGUUUCAAAAGUGAUAAAGUAGCCUCCCAAACUAUCAAACUAUUGCAUUUUGGCCACUCCGUUAGUCAAAACCAUCAGUUUAGAUGAAAACUGCCAAACUUAUGACCGUUUGGGGAUUGAUGAGGGUGUAUAGUUUCUAUGCGAAGAAGAUUCUAAGAGCUGCUUUGAUUAAACUUCUUUGUUAAGGUAAUUGUAUGAUGUAAGGUUGAUUGAGUGGAG